CACAGCGACAUUGUGAAGACAUUGGACCACUCCUCAAUCCUGACGUUUCUUGAUUUGGCAUGGCCUGGCACAACCAGAGGUCGGGUCCAUAUUCGACUGAGUCCUGAUACUGUGCUGGCCAGACAGUUUGUGUUGUUGUGCACAGGAGAGCGAGGCCCCUCCUACUUCAACACUAAACUACUGCGGGUGGUAUUCAAGGGUGAGCCGGGGGAGUGUGUGUGGGGUGGAGACUACCAGUAUAAUGAUGGACGGGGAGGAGCACCACUGUUGUCCAACCUCUACUAUCAGCAGUACCGGCAGUCAGGCAAAGCUGGUGCUCUCUUGUCACUUUGUGGAUUGGAAAGUCAUCAAACUUCCCAGUUCUGUAUUACCACCAGGGAUGAUAUAAAUAUUGACCAGUGGGAAUUUGUCUAUGGUGAGGUGGAAAGUGGCCUGGAUGUGGUGAGAGCUGCUGUAAACCACAGUAACAUCAGGGAGGUGACUGUGGUUGACUGUGGUGUUGUGUUCACUCUUUAGUUCAUUGUAUUAUUACUACUCACCAUAACUAAUGAGUCACCAUCAUUACUGUCACCAUCAGAUGUGAGAGUCAUUAUUGCAGCAGUAGUUUAUCAUUGUUAUAAAAUAUUCACUGCAGAAGAUUGAAAAAAUUAUAUAUAUAAUAGUCAGGUCAGAGUGUGCAGAAGAUAGCCAAGUUGACCUUAAAACACUAUGUGGACAGUGUUGGCCUAGAAGCAAUGAAAUUAUUUUUGAUGGGCAAAAUUUUAUACAGGGAAAUUAUGAAAAUAAUGUACAUUUGAUUUAUUUGUUCAUGUUUUUUUCAGUUAAGGUAAAUUUUCAUAUUUGUCAGUAAUUUUGUUUUGAGUGAAGGUCUUGUUAAUUUUGAAUUUUAAUGGUAGUAAUUGUUGUAGUGUUGUCUUACUCAGGGGUAGUAAUUGUUGUAGUGUUGUCUUACUCAGGGGUAGUAAUUGUUGUAGUGUUACUCAGGGGUAGUAAUUGUUGUAGUGUUGUCUUACUCAGGGGUAGUAAUUGUUGUAGUGUUGUCUUACUCAGGGGUAGUAACUGUUGUAAUGUUGUCUUACUCAGGGGUAGUAACUGUUGUAAUGUUGUCUUACUCAGGGGUAGUAACUGUUGUAGUG